AGUCUGCGUUCUUUGAGUCCUUGCACCUGCUGGGCGCUCCACUCUCUUUUCCUGCACGCUCCUCAUGUAUGUAAUGCGCCGUGACUUUGCGCAACCAUAGUAAUCUCGCGCGUCCGUCCGCUGCAGCGUGGCCUGUUGAUCAUUCCAUCCGUAUUAUAUGCAAACCCCUGCCCGCCAGCCCGCUACCAACUCCACACCGGUCGCCGACUUGCCAUCCACCCGCUCUUGUCCGCUGCAGGCACGCUACAUACACUCCACCAGCGCCCGCCCGCCCGCCUCCACUUGACGACUUCUACGACUACCCGCUGGACGACUCUGCUUUUCGCGUGUUGUACCUACUUCUACGCACGCCACUGCCGCCCCGUACACCCUGUUCUCCUCCUGCACUCCCCCGGACUGGCCGACCGCCGCGACCUCGCUUACAAACAAUCCAACGCAACACGACAUCUCGCACACGAUCAACUCGCCCAGCAUGUCAGAUAUCUCCAAGGCCUUCACCUUUCUGCGCGACACUAUACCACAAUGGCUCGAGGAUGCUGCGCAUUUGGAAGAGAAGGUCACCAACAUGCAGGGACAGAACUCCAGGGUAUCCGUGUCAACAUCGCCGUUCGCAAAGGGCCGGACAGGGUCGACGGAAUCGAUACGGCCUGAUAAACUUGAAGCUGUCGUCGAAGACAGCACGUCUUCCAACCUUGCACCGAUCGAUCCGCUGGGUAAUCGCAAGCGCAAGUCGCCCUCAGUCAUAUCUGGCCAUGGUUCAGGACCCGCAAAGUACCGCCCUAAGACCAUGGUCGUCGUGAACUACGAUGGUGACAUGCAAAAGUCAUUUGAGCUGCUCGUACGAGGGCUAGCAACGGGGCGCAACAUGUUGCGGAAAGCCAAGAUGGAAGCAAAGAUGGCCGAACUAGCUGCCCUCGCAGGCUCGAGCGACGAUGAGGAUGAGGACGAGGAUGAAGAGGAGCACAUAAUGUCGAAGAUCAGCUACCGGCCACAGAUUGCAUCCAUGCGGAUGCGUGCUGCGGCGCGCCUAGGAGGAGCACGCGGUGGCCACGGCGGCGGUCCAGUUCCGCCAGCAGAGCUUUUCGAGACGACAGAUAAGACGUUGGAAGAAGCGCAAGAGCUGUGCGAAAAGUCGGCGCAUCUUACCCUGCGUGAUGGUGACUGUAGGACCGAGUUGAAGCUUGUCCGUAUGCAUCUACAGCACAUUCACUCGACCGCGAAUACAGAAGUCAUCAAGAGUGCAGCCAGCCAACUGCAGUCGACCCAAACAUCACAAGAUCAAGACACAUCCGACACAUCGUUGUCUUCCAUGGAGCCGUCCUACAAGAGACACUUCCCAAGUCUCUCAGCGCUCAGACCGGUCCCGGAACCAGAAGCAAAGUUGGAACCCGUAACCACUCAAUCAACCAUCCGUGCGCCUGUUGCAGCCCCAAUAAUCUCACCAAAAAUGAUGGAUAUUGAGGUCGAUGACGAUGACGAAGAUGAAGACAUGGACUACGUCAUGCCACCUGUGCGCUUCACCUCGCGGCGAGCUCGCGUUUGAAGUAUUUCGUUGUGUAUUAUUUCGUCACGUCUGCAUUUCAGCGAUAUCUUUGCGUAUCUCUACAUGGCGUCCUCGGUGCAUUUUGAAGGAGAGGGUUACAUCAUGGCUAUUAUGAAGAGCACACACUAAAUGCAUCGAUCACGCUGAGGUGGCAGGGCAUUACCGCUGGCUUUUGCUUCUCAGCGCUAGCUCGACCUUGUAAUUACUGUUCGACCAUUGCCAGCGGCGGCAGAUGCUGUUGUUGCUUUACACUCGAUUUAUAGCGAUACCCAAUGCAAUGCUUCGUUUACCAU